UAAUUCUUCUUCUUCUUCUUCGUCUAAUUCUUCUUCUUCUUCGUCUCCUCCAAUCUUCCUUCCACUGGUGUCAUGUGUUUGUAGUUAAAGUAAAUUGGACAGUAGCGUGUUGGCGGACAAAAUGCCAAUGGUCAUUUCCUGGUCAAUGGAGGUGGUUUGUUACUAAGUCAUACGUUAGCGUGUAGAAGUCCAUUCAUUUGUAGCUCAGUUGGCGUUAAUGUAGCCGUUAGCAGCUAACGUUAGCAUGCAUCGCAUCAAGCUAACGCCUCGCCGGGUCGUCAUCUCUGCUGUAAGCAGCCUCAGCACAGUGACCUGUCCUCUGGGUCAGGAUCUGACUCGAGCCCGAGCACAGACAUUUCAGUGCUAAUCGCCCUGUGAGAUUGUGGCCCCGGAAGCAGCAGUUAACGAGCCAGUGAUCGUGUUUAUCUGAGGCCGAAUGUUGCAGUGACGACCAGUUCUCUGAUAACAUAACUCAGAUGGGCUGAUUUGUUCUCAGCGAAGGGUUGCCGCGACGACCCUGAACAUGGAUUCUCCCACCCAUUUGUGCAGGCCGUGGGGAUGUUUCUGGGCGAGUUCAGCUGUCUCGCAGUCUUCUACAUCCUUCUCUGCCACGACAGACGUAGUCCAGAGCCCAAGAUGAACCCGGGCCGGAGCUUCAACCCGCUCCUCUUCUUUGCCCCCGCCAUGUGCGACAUGACAGCCACCUCCAUCAUGUAUGUUGCACUCAACAUGACGAGCGCCUCCAGCUUCCAGAUGCUGCGCGGAGCAGUCAUCAUCUUCACUGGUCUGCUCUCCGUGGCCUUUCUGGGCCGUCGCCUGGCAGCCAGCCAGUGGCUCGGCAUCCUCAUCACCAUCCUGGGCCUGGUGGUGGUGGGCCUCGCCGACUUCGUCACCGGCAACAGAGACGACACGCACAAACUCAGCGAGGUCAUCACAGGAGACCUUCUGAUCAUCAUGGCUCAGAUCAUUGUUUCGGUGCAGAUGGUCCUGGAAGAAAAGUUUGUCUACAAACACGACGUCCACCCUCUCCGUGCCGUCGGUACUGAAGGUUUCUUCGGUUUCUUCGUCCUGUCGCUGCUGCUCAUCCCCAUGUACUUCAUUCCCGCGGGUGACUUCGGCGGCAACCCCCGAGGGGUGCUGGAGGACGCGCUGGACGCCUUCUGUCAGAUCGGACACCAGCCCCUCAUCGUGUUGGCGCUGCUGGGCAACACGGUCAGCAUCGCCUUCUUCAACUUCGCCGGGAUCAGCGUCACCAAGGAGAUCAGCGCCACCACGCGCAUGGUGCUGGACAGCCUGCGCACGCUGGUCAUCUGGGUGGUGAGCCUGGCCCUGGGAUGGGAGCAUUUCCAGGGCCUCCAGGUGCUCGGCUUCCUGGUUCUGCUGCUGGGCACGGGGCUCUACAAUGGACUGCACCGCCCCCUGCUGGCCAGGAUACCUUGCUGCGCCCGGUUCGUGGACGAGGCGGUGGAGAGCAGCCCGGGAGAGAGAGAGAGACUGGUGAACGACGGCAGUGGGCCGACCGGGGACGAGAGCUAAGACUGACGCGCUCAGCACAGACGGCGUCCGAGCGGACUGGACUGGACUUGUCUUUCUAAAGACACUGCACCUUUCAUGAGCUCUGUCAGAUUAAGUCUCUUUUUAAAUACUUUUAUUUUUGUUCGCACCUCAAAUUUCAACUGAUGUCACACAAUGCUGUAAUAUGUGAGAGUUUAGAAGGUUUUUUAAAAAUAUAUAUAUAGAUAUAUAUAUUUGGGGGGAAUAUGAAAUGCUGAGGAUUGAUAAUCACUAUCAUGAACCUGGGAAAAAAAUGACAGUUAGCUUAGUUUAGCACUAGCCUGGCUCUGGACAGGACAGGCUAGCUAUUUCCUUCUGUAUCCAGUGUUCAUGCUAAGCUAAGAUAACUCCUUCUUACUGCACAGACAAAACAAUGGUAUCAAGUUGUAUCAGCAAAAAACAAAACAAAGAAGGCAUUUUCCUAAAUGCCAAAUAGAUGAUUGAGAGGGACGGUCUGAAGACACUUUUAUAUUACAAUUUUACAAAUGUUAGUUUAGAGAUUCUUUUUUUUUUUUUUUUUAAAUAUGAUUCAAAGCCUUUAUCAAAAUUUGCUCCCCAACCCGAUCCCCCCCCUUUUUUUUUUGACAUUUGAACUGACUGCUGAAUUUUUGUUUGUGUUUUUAGAUCUAAAUCACUUAAGGCACAGGUUUAUAAAAAAUGACUGACAAAUGACAGAUUUUAAUGAUGACAUCGUUUAAAAUGUUUGUUUUUUUCAGAUUUCAAUAACGUCACGUCGUUUCUGAUGUUGAUUUAAUAUCUCCCCAUAUUGUCCUGUAUAUGCAAAUGAUUGUUUUAUUAUCAGUUUUAUUUGUUCGGGGGUUUUUUUUUAAUGAUGCUGACGCCGUUGCAAUAUGAGUUUGCCAAAAAGAGUCUCGUGUGGAGGUUGUACACUGAAUGCCAACUCAAUGCAGAGGCACUUUCUUAAUCUCCGAUAAGACGAUACAGAAUCUAACGUGUGCAGAAAAGUGUCUGUGCAUUUGGAUCCACAGAAUCUGCACUUGUUCUUGUACAUCCUGCUUCUCUCCUCUCAGCUGUCUAAGGUUGUAAUGUACAAUAAGAACACAAAAAGGGAACUGUCAUUAAAUUACACUUGUUGAAUGGUA